AUGCCAGAGCUCCAAGAUGCAUUUGGCCUCCUCGUCGACACCUUCAAUGAAUACGCUAUACUAGAAGGAGACAAUACCACUUUGACCAAGACAGAACUUGUUUUGCUGCUCAACACUGAGUUUCGUGAUGCAAAAGGCAACGCUGAAGUGGAAGAUUUGUUCAGCCAGCUGGCCGCCGACCGUGAUGCUGUUGUUACUUUCAAGGAGUUUCUCACUAUUGUAGAAGACGUCCAUCUGAUAUAUACCAACAAGUCAAACCUCUCACAAGGAAUGGCACUCCUCAAGGACAACUUCGAGAAGUACGCUCGAUACGAAGGAGAGUCAGACACUUUGACCAGGAGAGACCUUUGUGUCAUACUCUACAAAGAGUUUCCUGACGCACCCAGAGGCACAGCUGCAUUGGACAGUCUGAUGAGCAAACUGGAUACCGACGAUGAUGGUGUUGUUUCUUUCGAGGAGUUUCUCACUGUUGUAGUAGACUUCUACGCGAUGGUCAGUAACAAAGAAUAAAUCCUUUGGC